AUGAGCUACUGCCGUCGCAACCGUCGCACCCGUCGCAAACUGUACCCUCCCUCGUUUCCCGUUCCUUCCGCCUCCCUCCACCACCUUUCCCCCACUUCUCCUCCCCCCCCCCUCCCCCCCCCUUCGCUCCCAUCUCUCCCCUCCCUCUCCUCCCCUCUCCUCCCCCUGUUUCCCCCCCCUCCUCCUUCCCCCUUCUCCCCCCACUUCGCCUACAGCGGCCGCGAUGGAAGCGAUAGCUGCCACGUGGCCAACCGCCACGGCCUCGUGGUCUUUCAAGCGUGGCAUGACUCCCCCUCCCCUUUCCAUUCUUCCCCCCUCUUCCCCAUCCCCUCCAACCCCCCGUUCUCCCCUCAGUGA